AAUAAUCCCCAGCAGAGGGCAGUCAGGGUUCUCCAGAAGCAGGAGCAAGUUAGAACCGGUUCUACCACUAGAGUUACAGUAAACAAGGAUGGACACGUUUGGGUGAGAGCUUUGUUUUUGUAGUAGAUUCUUCUUUUGCGUUUCUUUUAUCACAUUCUUCAACUGAACACUUGGAGAGAAUGAAAACAUUAAAAUUCUGUUAUAAAUAUACAGUCAGUAUUGGAGGGUUAGAUACACAAAUAAUGGUCUUUAUUAUUUUCUGGUGCAUAUACUUGAAUAUUUUAAUCUUUCCAUUUAAUGCUACUUCAUUCUUUUACUUCAUAAAAGUAGAAAGGGGGCUGUUGUACUUUACACUCCACUGUAUUCUGCAAGUUACAUUUCAUUAAUGUUUAUAUUAUUUCUAUUUUUUCUUGCAAAACAUAGAAUAUGACAGUAUAGGGUUUCUAAAUUAAUUUAGUAACUGUUAUAUAUGGGAAUAUGACUCCCCAAAUUCUUGAUACCAAUGCCAAAUUUUGAUUUUGUGUGAGUUGUCCAAAAUGUCUUCCAAAAUCUUUCAGACAAACAGUCCUUACAAUUACUAACAAUCUUUCUGCAGGUCUUCACUUGGAUUUUGUCCCUCUCUGAUGAUCUCCAGGUGUUUGAGGUUCCUUCCAUCACUCUGCUCUCCAAUUUCUUCCACAGAUUCUCGAUGGAUUCAGAUCUGGACUCUUGCUGGGCUGCUCCAACACCUUGAUAUUGUUCUCUUUUAACCAUUUCUUGAUGAUGUACAAGAUUGUAGAAAUUAUCGGAAGCAUUUGGAAAAGGGAUAGAUACAGCAGUUUCUUAUGAUUAAUUAAAUACAUUUCAAGUGAUAUGACAAAUUGUAUACUUUUUAGUUAAAAACAAAUGUAGAAAUUGUUCAAAUUAACAUCUCAAACACAAUAUCUUAUCAUCUUUUGUCAUUUCUUGUGAUUUCUUACGUAAUUUCCAUCCUGAAGAUAACUUUUGGUCAAAUACGAAUUCAUCAUAGAUCAAAAUUUGGCAUAAAUAUUUUCGCCUGGACUCUGAAGGAGGUGUGGACUAUUUCAUGGGUCAAUGCUGCUGGACCAAUCAGAAUGCAGCAGCCCCACAGUAGGCGUGGCUUAGGCGUAGUUACAACACAGCGUCAUCAAACAGGAACCGGCCGGUUUUAUCUCAAUGACCGCCGGUCCGUCGGUGUUAUUUCACGGAGCUCUUCUUCUGUCGACCGGGGCUCAGCUUUUUCUCUGUCCUCUGGUUGUUGCAGGCGGUAGAAGGAUUUCUCCGACACUUUACUUGGCUGCUGUUAUUUCUCGGCCUCUCCGAAGGACAAAAAAGCUUCACUGCGGCAAAAUAAUAAGGUGCAAACAUUUCAAAGGGCAAACCAGGAGCCUGAAAGAUUCAGAAGAGGAAGCAAAGUGGAGGAAAACUUAAUCAUCAUUCUGAAGAACUAUGGAGCUGUCACUGGCUCACCCGGCCAUCAAAGCCUUCAUGUGUGGCUCCUUCAGCGGGACCUGCUCCACGCUACUGUUCCAGCCUCUCGACCUGAUCAAGACCCGUCUGCAGACGCUGCAGAGCGGCGUGCAGCCCGGUUCAGGCAGAGUGGGGAUGAUGUCGGUGCUCCUCAGCGUCGUUCGGACAGAGAGGCUGCUGGGACUGUGGAAAGGAGUUUCACCGUCCUUCGCUCGCACCAUCCCAGGAGUGGGCAUCUACUUCAGCACCUACUACUCUGUGAAGCAGCACUUCUUCCAGGACAGCAGCCAGGGGGCCAUGGAGGCCGUGCUGCUGGGAGGAGGAGCCCGGAUGGUGGCGGGGGUCGUGAUGCUGCCGGUUACUGUCAUCAAGACACGCUUUGAAUGUGGCAGGUACAGUUAUGGGAGUGUAACCGGGGCUCUGCGCAGCGUCUGUCAGACUGAAGGUCCUGCUGCUCUGUUCUCUGGACUCAUGGCGACGCUCCUCAGAGACGUUCCUUUCUCUGGGAUCUACGUCAUGUUCUACAGUCAGACCAAGGCCUCGCUGCCCAAAGAGAUCAGCUCCUCUCCCUCGGCCCCGCUGGCUAACUUCAGCUGUGGGAUCCUGGCUGGUGUUCUGGCCUCCCUGAUCACUCAGCCGGCCGAUGUGGUCAAAACACACGUUCAAGUGAAUCCACAGUCCCUGAGGACAGCGGAGGCUAUCAGAAUCAUCUACAUGGAACAUGGACUCCAGGGCUUCUUCAGGGGGGCAGUUCCUCGGUGUCUGAGGAGGACCCUGAUGGCAGCCAUGGCGUGGACGGUGUAUGAGCAGAUGAUGGCACACAUUGGACUGAAGUCGUGAAAGAACAUUGAUCAGAAGGAAGGACGAGAUUAAAGACUGUGAUUAGCGCACUGGAAGGAACUGCUUCAGUGGAGUUGCUCACAGAAGUGCCGAAGGCUUUCUGUGACCUAAAAUGUUUCACUGUAACAAGAUUCACGGUCCGGUGAGGAAGGAAGUGAGCCACUAAGUUGUCUAAAUGACUGACAGGAACAUUAGAGGAGAGAUGUGGAAGAUCUGCUGUCUAAAAUGUGUCUUAUAGCUGAAGAUUGGGGAAGCUUGUGCCAUGUAACUCUGAUGUUUUCUCUUGCGUUAUUUGGAGAUUUUCCUCCUUUUAGAAAUGCCUCAGUGGGAAUUCCAACGUUUCUGCGUCUUGGCUGCUUGGGAUUAUAUUCGGUCAAAAGACUGCAGUGACAGUCCAUGAUUACUUAAGACUGUGUCCCAGAUAAAGCUCAGAUUUCUGUCAUGCUCUUUAAUCUCGGCAGCAGUAGAUUAACACCCUUAGCGCUGUCGUUUAGGAGUCUCUGUGCCUUGUAAAUAACACAAUUCUAUUUAUAUUCUAACAGAUUAUUUUUUUAAAAAGUAAAAUAUGUGCUCUCGAAUGCUGCCUUAAAACAUAAUCAUCUCAUUUUGAUGUGUAUUUACAGUUGUAAAUUUUUUUCAAAGUAUUUAACCUUUUUAAAGAUGCUUGAUGGAUUAAAAUUGUGUAAAACAAAUAUGUGUGAGUGUGAAUCUUGGUGUUAAUUUUAAGCGCACUCAUGUCUCCAGAGUAAAUGAUUCAACAGAAAACUUCACAUUAGUGCCUGAAGGCUGGCUGACCUCUGGGUGGGAGUCGCAGUGACACAGCACACUUAAUAAUCAAGUUUAGCUCACUCAUUAUCUUUGUUCCACUUCUUUGACCCUCCAGGAACAAUAUUUUCAAUACAUCAAAUAAAAUGGGUUUUUUUUGUGUUCAAAUUCCAGUAGCUGAACUGUGUCUCUACAUGCAGUUUAUCGCUCUUAAUUAUCUUCCUCUCAUUAAUCAGAGUGGAUAUAUCACUAUGAUGACCUGUGAGAGGCAAAACUUGCUGAUCCAGUUGUAGAACUAUCAGAAGUGAGAGGUUACAAAGACAUAUUGCAGAGUGUGUUGUCAGAGGGAACAUGAGGGCCAAAGACUUAUCACAGAGAUAAGCAGCGCAGUGGGAGGGGAGCCGUGGCAUCAAAUAGGAAAUAAGGACAAGGAGUGUAAAACUCACAAUAAAGUCAGAAAGAGUCUCGUAUCAGCUGAAAUAGACCAACGAUACGUGAAAAACAAGGCAAGCAUUGUUCAUUUUAUUCCACUGCAUUUAUGUAACAGCUUUAGAUACUUUUCUCAUUAACAUAGCAGACGUUACAAAGUCCCACUGGACCGCAAAAAUGUCUAUAAGAAAUCCUUUAUUCCCACUGCAAUAACCACCCUGAACAAAAUAAAAUAAGACACUGAGCAUUACAUAUUUAUUCCUUUUUAGCGGCUGCUGUUUCUUUUUCACAUUUCUUUUAGACAUGUAUUUUGUGAGCUUGUGUUUCCGGUGUGUUUUUAUGUGUUGUAUAUUUGCUGUUGGAGCCUGUCAAAGAAGAAUUUCUGUCACCGUUUUGGGACAGACAAUAAGGUUA